AUGACUAUCAAACUUAUUGGAUAUCCUAUUUCAACACCUACUCUUAGAGUUGUCAUAUGCCUUAAGGAAUUAGGUAUUCCUUACGAAUUCGAACCUCCAGCUAGUUUUCAAGCUUUAAAAGAUAAAGAUUAUAUCGCGAAUAAGCAUGCAUUCGGAAAAAUCCCAGUCCUUCUGGAUGGAGAUUAUGUAAUUAACGAAUCUCGUGCAAUUUGUCGUUACCUUGUAUCUAAAUACCAAGGCAAAUAUAAUGAUACGAUCUUGAUUCCCAGCGAUGUUCAUAAAGCCGGAUUAGUCGAACAAUUCAUUUCUUAUGAAUCAUGUUACUAUGACUCACCGGUCUCAAAAAUCAUAGGACAAGAAGUGUUUGCUAAAAAAUUUCGAGGUAAAGACCCUGACCCUGAAAUCAUUAAGCAAGGUCGUGAAGACCUUAGUAAAGUUUUAGAUGUUUAUGAGAAACUUUUGGAAGGAAAGGAAUAUUUGAUUGGAGAAUUUUCUUUAGCUGAUAUCUUUCAUUGUCCUUGUACUAAUUUAGCCUAUGGUAUUGCCGCCCAUUCUGAUUUAUGGGAUAACAGGCCUAAUGUUAAAAAUUGGUGGAAUAAUUUGCGUAAUAGGGACUGCAUUAAAAAAUCUUUUGAAGAAGUCAAAAAUUAA